AUGAGUGCACAAGGUGAUAAAAGGAAUUCCCUUAUAGAAUCAUUCAUGAGCGACAGGCCGUCUCUCUGCAUGUCUACAGCUACAAUAGAUUCCGAAACACUUUUACCACCACCCAUUCAUUUUACGACAACGAUUCAUGAUCCACCUAUGUCAAUUCGUCGAGAUCCUUAUGUCGCUUCACAAUAUCUUCAACCAAACUUAAAAUAUUGUCCCUUAAAUUCAAAUAAUGAUGACGAAAUCAAUACUGAAAAAAAUUGUCCUUAUGAUCCAUCAUGGGUUCCUGAGCCACCCUCUUCCAGUCCAAUAUUAUCAAAAUUUGCUUUUUUCGAAUCCGCUGAAAACGGUUCACCUUCUCCCCUAAAUAGCAGUAAAAGUAAAAGAAAGGUCACAUUCGCCAUACCAACACAAAUUAGAUCACAAAGUGACGAAUCGCAAUUCGCAUCAACUUCUAAUCCGGAAACAUUAUCAAGCGAUGUUCAUUUAAAUGUUGGUUUAUUAACAAAUGAACAAGGAGAAAUAUUUAAACCUAAAAAUAAAUUGAAAACAUGGAAAGAAUUAUGGUCGAUGCCUUGGAAAGAUGAAGAAACAAAGCGAUUUACUAAAAAAUUCUGGUUUACCUUUUCCAUUACUUUUUGUUUGGUCUUAAUAUUAGCGGUCAUCGGAAUUUGUCUAUACGCUGUAUUUUCUCCAAAAACAUUCAAAAAAGACUUAUCAAAUGACAUUUAA